CGAGGUGCGAAACAAAGUCCAUCUCUUUGCUGGCUUUCAAAAGAGAAGGCAGCCUUUUGACGUUGCCCCUGUUCUCUCUCUCUUCCUCAUUUUAUCCUAAUGAACAAGGUCGGUGUGAUUCGCAACCUUUCACAAGGGUUUUCUCGAUGCUACUCUACUGAGGUGAAGCCCAGCAUGAAGCUACUCAAGGAACUUCGUAAAGAAACCGAAGUUUCCAUGUCAAAAGCUAAAGAAGCUCUUGUCAAAACCAAUAACGACUAUGCAAAGGCUCUAGCUUGGUUAUCGGAAGAUGCUGCUGUCUCUGGUGCCAAGAAGGCUCAAAAGGUUGCUGGAAGAACUGCUGGUGAAGGUUUAAUUACUACUGCUUCUGUUCAAGUUCCUGUAUCCAAUGGUUUCAAGAGCAAGAGUACUAUUAUCGAACUUAACUGUGAAACAGACUUUGUAUCUAGAAAUGAUGUGUUUAAGAACCUUGCAUCUAGAAUUGCUGCCACUUCGUUAUUGAUGCAUGAAAGUUCUGUCAAAGGUCGUUUUAUCGAAACCAUCGCUAUUGACAAUCUCCUUAAUGCACCACUCAUGCCUCAUCCCAGUGAAACAGAAUUAAACGCACUCGAUGCUGGAAAGACAGUUCAAGAAACAAUCGUAGAGACGAUUGGUAAAUUGGGUGAAAACAUUUCUUUGCGUCGUGCUGCUAUUGUUGCUGAAGGUGUCUCUGCUUGUUAUAUUCACGGUGGUGAUGCUGCUAGCGGUAAGAUGGGUGGUAUUGCUGUCCUUCAACCCAAAAAGGUUGCUUUAUCUGAAUUAGAUGAAGAGGCUGCUAAUACACUCUCCAAGACAGCUAGACAAAUUGCUCGCCAAGUAGUUGGUUUCAACCCUACCUAUCUCAAUUCUGAAGAUGUACCUGAAGCUGAACGACAAUCCCAAUCUAACAUGCAAGAAUUUGAAGAAACACACGUACUCAACAAGCAAAGAUAUUUGUUGAAGCCUGAUCUCACAAUAGCCGAAUAUGUGGAACAAACAGCCAAUGGUGCUGAAGUUGUUGACUUUAUUCGUUGGGAAGUUGGAGAAGGUAUUGAGAAGAAGGAGAAUGAUUUUGCUGAUGAAGUGCUUAAUGCUGCUCGUGGCAAUUAACGAUAGCAGCAUUGCUUCUUUGUAUUUAAUUGUAUCAUAAAUA